AUGGAGAUCCCAGCCACUAUUCGCCCCGUCGCCGCCCUCGUCGGGUGGACCUUUGCCAUGGAGCUUUGGAUAUGGAAGGCGGACAACUACAACCACUUACAUGAAGCCCCCACGCGCUUCUACGCCGUAGCCGUCUCUCUGGCCGUUAUCCAGGCCACGACCCAGCUCAAGAGCUCUGGCGUGGAGGGCAAGCUAGCCUGGGCUUACGUCGGCAUUCGCAUUGUCCACAGUCUUGUGCAGUCGCUGACGAACAAGAUCCCCGUGCGCUUCGGGCUCUACGCCCUCAGCGAAGUGACCCUGCUUGGCUUGUUCGGGAAGUUGGUAGCUGCCCUUUUGUAA